UUUUACGGUUUACCUAGCUACGGUUUUUCUUUGUACAUCUCGGAAGUCGAAUCAUGGAAGGCACGAUUUUUUGUAGCCUAUUGUUUGUUAUUCUGUACGACUAGUAUACCAGUGUCUAACAAAUUUGUCAAACUCAUCGAUAUGACAUGUUGGAAUCUUCGGAUUAAAAUUUAGAAUCGGUGUGAAUAUGACUUUUUUACUGGUAUAAACUUGGAAGGCUACAAUAUUGACAAAUUUGGACAAAUUUGGACAGAAUCAUCAGAAGGAUGGCUGAUAAACAGGAUCCAGAAACUAAAGAACAGCCAAAGGAAAAGCAGGAGAUCAGUGAGCAGAACGAGGAACAGGAGAACAUUGAGGAGACUCACAGUGAAAAUGGAGCUCGAAUUAGAAAACUCACUGAAAAAGGACGAAUUUAUAGUGAGCAACAAAUUGAGAAAUCCUUUAGUAGUCUUAAGUCACUAUGUACAAGAAUAACGGGAAUGGUGAAUAAUCGGGAACCAGAAGAGAUGAUAAGACAGAAGUAUAGAGAUUGGAUGGACUCCUACGAUGAUUUUCUCGAUCGUCAUUAUGACCAUUCAAGGAAGUUAAAUCAAACCGACUUAGCUGAAUAUCUGAAAGGAUACGACGAAAGAGAAACAUUUUUACAGAACUUUAAGACUUCGCUUCAAGAAUAUUUUGCGUCGCAAGCAAAGAUAAAAGACCAAGAAACUAAAUUAUUACAUGAAGAUGGUGAAGACAGAUCUUUUGGUCGUGGACAAUUUUCUUCUGUUAGUGUUGUAUCUUCUCGUAAGUUGGCAGAAGAAGAAAAAAGGGCUGAGCUUGAAGCAAAGAAAGAAUCCUUAAAGAAGAAGAAAGAGAUAGAGUUAGCAAAAGUGGCACUCAAGAUGGAAGAAGAAGAGCUCGAAAUAGAAACAAACAUUGCGAUGGCUAAGGCAAAAACUAAAGUGUUUGAUAAAUUUGAACAAAGUGAAUUUGAACAAGUACACACAGAUACAAGAGCAUAUAGAGCACCAGAAACAUUCAGAUAUCGAGAGACAGACAGACAUAGAGGAGAAAAACCACCAGAACCAUUCAGAUACCGAGAGACAGACAGACAUAGAGGAGAAAAACCACCAGAACCAUUUAGAUACCGCGAUACAGACAGACCCACACUUGGACCAUUAAGACUCAACCCAAAUGCAGAAACAUUUUAUCCCAUGAGUUAUGAAAGGGGAGAAUUUCCAAGUUCAUCUGCAUCAGUUCAAGCUGUGGUGAAACAUUUGAGAAAACCAACACCAGAAAUAAAGAAGUUUGGUGGCAAUCCUCUGGAUUACAGGAAAUUCUUACGUCAGUUUAAUGCUAAGGUUGUGAUAAACUGUGAUAACGAUGACGAGAAAAUGAACUAUUUAGAGCAGCUAACUUUUGGUGAAGCUAAUAAAGUGGUCUCUGGAUACAGUCAUCUAUCUGGAGAAAGAGCAUUUGAAGCAGCCAUGAGACAGUUGGAAGAGCGUUAUGGAGACACCGACGUCAUAGCAACAGCCUUUAUUAGGAAAGCUUUGGAAUGGCCUUCUAUUCGACCUGGAGACGUAAGAUCCCUAGAUGAAUUCGCUCUCUUUCUUGUUGAAUGCUUGAAUGGUGCAGAGAGUAUUGAUGCAGGAAGAGUCUUGGAAUAUUCUGAAAACAUUAAGAGACUUAUGAGCAAAUUACCAGUACAUUUACAUGACCGCUGGAGAAACGUAGUGUUACGAAUAAAAGAUGCUCAUAGGACAGUUAAGUUUAAAGACUUUGUGGACUUUGUAAAGGCGGAAGCUAAGAAGGUGAAUGAUCCAACAUAUGGAUUUCAGCAAGUAAGAGGCUCGAGCUCACAACAGAAAACAAAGGGAGUAUCUUGUGAAGUAACCAAGUUAUACUCUACGCAGAAAUGUGUUUAUUGCAAUAGUGUUAAUCACACAAUAGACAGAUGUAGGAAGAUUUUGGAACUAAACAGGGAUGAUAGAAUUGUGUACCUUAGAAGAAAAGGACUGUGUUUUGGAUGCUUAAAGCAAGGACACCUUAGUAGUCAGUGUAGGAAAAGGCUUAAGUGUACAGAGUGUUCGCGACAACAUCCAACUAUCCUCCAUAAUGAGGAUCAAAGAGUCAAGAACAAUCAGUUAGCUGAAGAGGCGUCUGUGUGUGGGAAACAGCUUGAAAGCAGUGCAUUUAGCAAAGAUGAUUCCAAGCCAAGUGUUAAUGCAAUUUCUUCUGGAUGUCAUGAAGAAACUGAGGAUAUAUCAUGUGCAAUGGCCAUCAUACCUGUACGUGUAAAACUCAAGAACAAACCUUACACUGUGGAGACGUACGCAUUUUUCGACUCUGGUAGUAGCGUAUCAUUUUGCACGGAGGAUAUCAUGUACCAGCUUGGAGCACAUGGUAAAAAGACACAGAUUACUAUCAAUACUAUGGGAGACACUCAGAAAUUAAAUACUUAUGUGAUGAAUGGAUUACAAGUAUCAGGACUCACCGCAGAACACUUUAUUGAUCUCCCUAAGGUAUACACAAAAAAACAGAUGCCGGUUUCCAAUCAAGAGAUCCCAACAAAAGAAGAAAUUAGAAAGUGGUCUCACUUGCAGUCAAUUCCAUUUCCAGAGGUCAAUGCAAACAUUGGGAUUCUGAUCGGCAACAACGUUCCAGAUGCCUACACACCAUUUGAGCUGGCAGUAGGACCAAGAGGUUCACCCCAUGCAACUAGAACCAGACUAGGCUGGAUUCCUUGGAAUAUAAUAAGAAACAGAACAACCUUUGAUGUGAAUCAUGUGUGUAUUCAAAAUGACGGAACACAGCUUGAUCAUAUUUUCAAACAAAUGAUGAACUUUGACUUUCCAGAGGCUGAGCUAAUGGUGGAUGAUAAGAAGGAAUACUCACUGGAGGACAAAAACUUUUUACAGCAAGUAGAGAAUUCAAUUCAGUUUGAAAAUGGCCACUAUCAUAUUGGACUUCCAUUCCGCAGAAAGGAUGUUGUGUUACCAAACAAUUCUGCACAGUGUUUGAAGAGGCUAGAAGGACUAAAAUGUAAAUUUAUGAAGAAUCCUCAAUUUAAGGAUCACUAUGUAGAGUUCAUGGACAAAAUAUUGCAAAGAGGCUACGCAGAACCGGUUCCAGAAGAUGAACUAAAUGAAGAAGAUGGGAGAAUUUGGUUCUUACCUCAUCACGGAAUUUAUCAUCCAAAAAAGCCAAAUAAAAUUAGAGUGGUAUUUGACUGUUCCGCGAAAUUCAUGGGAGUGUCUUUGAACAAUCAGUUACUACAAGGACCAAACUUGGCAAAUAAUCUCCUAGGCGUAUUGAUGCGAUUCCGACAAGAAGAGAUUGCAAUAUUGGGCGACAUCGAAUCUAUGUUCUACCAAGUGAAAGUGCCAGAAAAGGACCGAAAUUUCCUACGUUUUUACUGGUGGAAGGACGGAGUUAUAGAUCAAAAACCGUUACAGUAUAGGAUGACAGUUCAUUUAUUUGGAGCAACUUCAUCACCGAGUUGUUGUAAUUACGCCUUACAGAUAACUGCAGAAAAGCACAAAGAACAGUUUGCCCCCAUAGUAACAGAUACUGUGAAAAGAAAUAUGUAUGUGGAUGAUUGUUUGACUUCUGUUGCUGCAGAGGAAAAUGCUGUAUCUUUGAUUAAGGAUGUCUCAGCUUUGUGCAAGAUGGGUGGAUUUUAUUUGACCAAAUUCAUCAGCAAUAGUGAAAAAGUCCUAGAAUCUGUGCCAGAAAUAGACAGAGUUCAAGAAGUUGAAAAGUGGAACUUAAGUGAUGAAAGUUUAGUCGAGCGUGCUUUAGGUGUAUAUUGGUUCAUAAAAAAUGACGUACUUGGAUUUCAGUUGAACAAUAACAACCAACCAGCAACUAGGCGUGGCAUUUUAAGUAUCGUUAGUUCCGUCUAUGAUCCCCUUGGGAUUGUUUCUCCCUUUAUUUUGACAGCCAAAUCCAUAUUACAGAACUUGUGUAAAAGGGGGAUAAGCUGGGAUGAAGAAAUUCCUGCUAAGGAGCUAGUGAAAUGGAAUAGUUGGCUACAGCAAUUGCCAGAUUUAGAGAAAAUAAACGUCUCAAGAUGCUAUAAGUCAGUGAAUUUUAAGAACAUUGUCAACUGUCAACUUCAUUGUUUUGCUGAUGCAAGUGAGAUUGGGUACGGAGCAGUGUUUUACCUCAGACUUUUGAAUGAAGAUGGACAUGUUCACUGUGCAUUUGUGUUAGGAAAAUCAAGAGUUGCGCCCCUGAAAUCUGUGAGUGUACCCAGAUUAGAACUGACCGCAGCUACAAGUGCAGUGAAACUUUGUAGAAUGAUAAUGAAAGAACUGGACUACCUUGUUCAUCAAGUAUUUUAUUGGACGGAUAGCAUGACAGUUAUUCGAUACAUAUCCAACAAAACGACACGUUUCCACACCUUUAUAGCAAACCGUCUAGCGAUAAUUCAUGAAGCAACUGAAGUGGAACAGUGGCGUUAUGUAGACACAAAACAAAAUCCAGCUGAUCUGGCAUCAAGAGGAAUGAACAUGGAAAAGUUUCUGAAAACUCACCAAUGGCUACAAGGACCAGACUUCUUAUGGAAUGAUGAAGAUGAGUGGCCAAUGUGUUGUGAAAAUUUGAACAUUCCAAGUGAUGACCCAGAAGUAAGAAGACCUGUGAAUGUUUGUACAAAUGAGACAACUCAACAUGAAGGAGUUGAACGCUUAAUUCACUAUUGUUCAGACUGGUUCAAAUUAAUCAAGAUGACUGCAUGGCUGAUCGUCGUGAAGGAAUACUUAAAAUCUGCAGUGAAAGCUGAACAAGAAGUGCCCAAAGAGGACAGGACAAAGGAACGCAAAAAAGAAGUCAAGAAAAAAUUACAACUGACAAUUUCAAAGAGGACUGAAGCAGAAAAAGCUCUAAUGUAUUAUGUGCAGCAGAAACAUUUUAGCGAGGAAAUUGAAGCCUUGAAAAAUAUGACCGAUUCUGGAAAACAGAAAAGCAUAGGAUCCAAAUCUCCAUUGCGAAAGUUGGACCCAUUUUUGGAUAAUGAUGGACUGUUGAGAGUCGGUGGAAGGUUGGAGCGAGCGGAAAUGUCAUUCGAUGCUAAACACCCAAUAAUCCUGCCAAAAAAUUCUCCAGUGUCUAGUCUCAUCAUUAAAGACGCUCAUCAAACCAUUGGACACUUGGGAAAAAACUCGAUCUUAAGUGUUUUAAGACAGAAAUAUUGGAUUAUUGGUGCAAGUGUGAUGAUUAAAAGUUUGGUAUCCAGAUGUGUGAUAUGCAAGAAACACAGAGGUGUUUGUGAAAAACAAAAGAUGGCAGAUCUUCCAGAAGAAAGACUUAAGGCAGAUGAACCCCCCUUUACCAGGCUUGGAAUGGAUUUCUUUGGACCCUUUGAAGUGAGGCAAGGGAGAAGUACACUGAAGCGUUACGGUGUGAUUUUCACUUGUUUAAUUACAAGAGCAAUACAUCUUGAAUUGGCUUUUUCUCUGGACACAGAUUCAUGCAUAAAUGCCAUUAGAAGAUUUAUAGCAAGGAGAGGAAUACCAGCAUUCAUUCGUUCAGAUAAUGGCACAAAUCUGGUUGGUGCUGCUAAGGAAAUGUCAGAGGAAAUACAGAGAUGGAACUUGCAUCAGAUACAUGAAUUUAUGCUUCAGAAGAAAAUCCAAUGGGAGUUCAAUCCGCCAGCUGCUUCACAUUUUGGAGGUGUAUGGGAGAGACUCAUAAGAUCUGUUAGAAAAGUUUUGUAUUCAGUGAUGUGUGAACAAAAUAUUCGCAUUAGUGAUGAAGGACUUUCUACACUCUUUUGUGAAGUUGAAGCAAUUCUAAAUGGAAGGCCAAUUACAGAAAUGUCAGAGGAUGUACGUGAUGUGGAUGCGCUAACACCAAAUCAUUUGCUACUUUUGCGACCUGGUGAGAGAUUUCCCCCUGGACUUUUCGAUAAAAAGGACAAUUAUGUGAGACGACGAUGGCGUCAAAUCCAGUACUUAGCUGACAUAUUUUGGGCAAGGUGGAAAAAUGAAUAUUUGCAGCUUUUACAGAAAAGGCAGAAAUGGACACAACCAACAAGAAAUAUGAAAGUAGGUGAUAUUGUUCUUGUGAUGGACAACUCUCCAAGGAAUUCAUGGGUUAUGGGACGAGUGAUCGAGACGAUGAAGGACAGAGAUGACGUUGUGCGAGUUGUCAAAGUGAAGACUGGAUCAUCAACCCUGAUGCGUCCGAUUAGAAAACUCUGUCUGCUUGUUGAGUCCGAGUGAUGAUGACUGUGUAGCAUGGACCUGACAGUGACGAUAAUUGGACCAUAAAUAACUUUCGUAUGAAAUAAUUGAAAUUAUUUUAUUUGGCAUGCAUUAUUUGUGUGUAAUUUUUUGAUUGGCCUUAUUUGUAAUGAGUUGAUAAUUGUGUUUUUGUGGAAACCCAAUUAAGGGGGCAGUAUGUAACGGCCAAUCCGGAAUUUUACGGUUUACCUAGCUACGGUUUUUCUUUGUACAUCUCGGAAGUCGAAUCAUGGAAGGCACGAUUUUUUGUAGCCUAUUGUUUGUUAUUCUGUACGACUAGUAUACCAGUGUCUAACAAAUUUGGUAUGUAUUUAUUUAAUUUAAACAAUGUCUUGAGUAUAUUUUGCAUAAGUAUUUUUACUUUAUUUUGCAUAACUUUGAAUAUUGAAGUGUAAACAUACCCAUGUGUUCACAAUGUACAGUACGUAACGAAAGUAAUACUCAAUCUUGCUAUUUUGUAUAUUUUUAUCUUUCAAAUCUUAUUAGAACUUCAGAAUUUAUAAUACAGGAAUUAUAGGAAUUAUAGUAAAGAUAUUUAUGUAUAAUUCAGGAAAAAUAACUCAUGUAUAGUACGCAUGCAUUAUAUUGUU